GAGUCUCUGCGGCAACUCUGUCCACGCGCCUGCCAUGGCGCCUGCUCCGGCCGUGCUCACCCGGCUGCUGUGUGCAGGUGUGCGGCGCUGGCCAGGUUUCCUGCAGAAGGCGGCCUCGGGCCCUGCGGAGCAGAAUGGUAGGAAGGUCACGGGAGCCCCGGUCCCCAUGGACAGCGAGCCCCAGGACGGCGACGAUUUCCAGAGCAGGAUCCUAGAUGUGCCAUUACAGCAUUCGGAUUUCUUCAAUGUCAAGGAGCUGUUUUCUGUCAAGAGCCUCUUCGAGGCCCGAGUACACCUGGGACAUAAAGCCGGUUGCCGCCAUAGGUUUAUGGAGCCAUACAUCUUUGGGAACCGCCUGGGCCAAGAUAUCAUCGACCUGGAUCAGACAGCCACGAAUCUCCAACUAGCGUUGAACUUUACCGCCCACAUCGCCUACCGCAAGGGCAUCAUCCUGUUUGUGAGCCGGAAUCGUCAGUUCUCUCACUUAAUUGAGACUACAGCCCAAGCCUGCGGGGAGUAUGCCCAUACACGCUACUUCAAGGGUGGCUUGCUGACUAAUGCACAACUCCUCUUUGGGCCUACAGUCCGCCUGCCAGACCUCAUAAUCUUCCUGCACACGCUCAACAAUGUCUUUGAACCCCAUGUGGCUGUGAGGGACGCGGCCAAGAUGAACAUCCCCACAGUGGGCAUCGUGGACACCAACUGCAACCCAUGCCUCAUCACUUACCCUGUCCCUGGCAAUGACGACUCGCCCCAAGCUAUCCAGCUGUUCUGCAAGCUCUUCAGGACAACCAUCAACAGGGCCAAGGAGAAGAGGAGACAGAUGGAGGCCCUGCAUCGGCUGCAGAGUCCCAAGGGGUCUGAGGGCAGUGGGGCAUCUCCUGCACCUGAUAAGAGCCAUUCCCCAUGACAGGAAGCCCUUCCCCCACACUAGAUAGCCAGGUCUGUUCUGAGCAGAAAGCUCCUUGUCCAACCCUGGUCCUUGUCCCCAUUCCCCAUCCUCAGCAUCAGUACCACAGUCCUAUUUUCCCUAGAUAUGGUCACCCCAAAGUCCUAUCACCUUGUCUCUUUUCUGGGAACAAACUCAGGUAUAGUACAUAUCCACAUAGCCUCUGGCAUCCAUUAAGACUUGAACAUAGCUAGCCAAGUUCCUCUUCAGUUAAAAGUCAUCCUCCAUUGACUGCUAAUUAAUCCUUCAUUCUCUGAAGAAAAUUCCAAGUAAAACAAUACUGAUGUCCUUCAGGAUCCCCAGUAGUCUGUAACCAGACUUAAGGCCAAGCUCCUAGAGGGGAGAUAGAAAAUAUAGUCCAUACCUUGUGUUUCACUACUAAAGAAUUUAAUGAGCUUGCUAAUUCAUUCAAGCAGAAGUCUGGGGGAUAUAUGUGGGAGUGGAUUUUAAAGGUGUGGGGUAAUGGCGGAAGAAACAUUCAGCUGAAUCAGGCUGAGUUUGUUGACACGGGCCCUCUGAAUGGAGAUCUUAUGUUUAAUGUGGAAGCUCACACAGUGAAAAAAGGUGUCAAAAGUUUGUUUAAAUGUUUGGCUGAACUAUUUUUUUAAAAGACAGCCUAAUGCUGGGAGCACAGAAGUCCUUGAGCCCACAGAUCACCAAGGAAACCAGGAAUGUCAAUCACAUAGGGUUGUCUCCCCAGAGAAUCAAUACCUGUUUUCCACCCAGCAGACUGGGAGUGGAUAUUGUUAAUGACCUAGUGACCUUCACUAUUUGUAGAGCCAGACCUUACCCAAAUCCCCCCUAAAUGCUUAAAUUGGACUCUUCCUUUCUAGACCUUUAUUUUUAGCUUAGUUCCGCCAACAGAAUGCAUCCUUAGGGGAGUCACAAGUACUUAAUAAUCUGCUGACUAUAACAGAUCCUAGGCCCUUAAGCUAUAGGACCCACCUUUGUGGUCAUAUGUACUUUGAGCUGAGUUUCAAUGUAAUUAUGCAUCAUAUGCCCUGGAUUGUAUCACACCAGAAAGCUCUUUUCCAGAAUUGUACUAUGUUUUUAUAUAUGUUUACAAUAAACCACCUGGUAUCAGA